AUGGGCAAGAAGAGAAAAGACAGCGAAUCAAGCGAGGCGGAUCCGGUACCAGCCAAGAAAGUAAAGAAGAGCAAAGCUGAGGAUGCUGGUUCUGGCAAAAAACAUAAAAAAGAAAAGAAGACCAAAGAUGAGGACCAUUCUGAGGAGAAGACAGCAAGCAAAGAUAAAAAACACAAGGUAGAAAAGGAAGAGAAACACGAAAAGAAGAAAGAGAAGAAGGAGAAAGAGAAGGAUGGAAAGAAGGAAAAGAAAGAAAAGAAUGAGAAGAAGGAUACCAAAAUGGGCAAAGAGGAGGACGAGGUUGGGCCACAGAAGCUGCCGGAGCCACCUCGGCGGAUCGGUCCGCAGGUCUUCCCGCCGGAGGUCUUGGAGCAGCAAGAAAAGAAGCAAAAGAAGAAAGAGAAGAAAGAGGAGAAGAGAAAUCAAGGAAGGAUCAGUGCUGGUCCUGCAGCAGUCAGGGAGGUGAUGCUUUGCUCAAAAAAUGCCUUCAAUGACAAGUCACGGCCCUUUGGCAUGGAGCUGGACGGAGCUCUUGUGGUGGACUUGGCAGACGAAGGCGCCGCAAUCCCCGCUGGUGUGCAAAUCGGCUGGCGCGUGCUUGAGGUGGAUGGCAAAGCUGUUCCUGAAGAUGAAGUUGGCGAAGCCACCAAGGUCCUUAGAGAAGCUGAGGAAAAGAUGGCCAGCCGGAGUGGAAAGGUGCUCUCUCAACAACAAAACACGAGAACCUUUCCUAGUGUUUUGGUGGAUCAAACGCUGGACCCGAGGCAUCAGUGUCGGUGA